UUUCUUUAUUUCUCUUAAACCCUAUUUCAUAUUCCUAUCCCUCCCAGCCGCUGCAACCCACACCGCCGCCUUCUCUUCGGUUUUCGCCGGACGCUGCACUAUCAGCUGCCCCGGUCUCAGUCUCCCGAAGAAGUCGCGUCUUCUUCCUGCCUCUCACAGUGUCUCUGGCUUCUCCGAGCUAACGGAGAUACUUAAGUUCCUUAUCUCUGUUUUCCCCUAAAAAACAGCCGCUGCUCAUUUUUCAUAUCCGCAGUGAAGGUCAUUUGCACAAACCCCUCGUCUUUUGAGGUUUAAAGAUGGUGAAGAGGAGCAAAAAGAGUAAAAGCAAGAGGGUUAGUUUAAAGAAGAAGUACAAGAUCAUUAGAAAGGUGAAGGAGCAUCACAAGAAGAAGGCGAAGGAAGCCAAGAAGCUAAGCUUCAAGGGGAAGAGCAAAGUUGAGAAGGACCCGGGUAUUCCCAAUGAUUGGCCCUUCAAGGAACAGGAGCUCAAGGCUCUUGAAGCUCGUCGUGUCCGUGCUCUUGAUGAAAUGGAGCAAAAGAAAGCAGCUCGAAAGGAGAGGGCUCAAAAGAGGAAGCUGGGGUUGCUGGAUGAUGAUAAUAUGGCUUCUGCAGAUCAAAGUUUAGGAGAGAUGGAGGGUGGAGAUAACUCUGUAGGGCCUACUUGGAAUCGUGAUAACUCAGACAGGGUUUUCUACAAGGAAUUGGUCAAAGUUAUUGAAGCAUCAGAUGUUAUUUUAGAAGUUUUGGAUGCACGAGAUCCCCUUGGCACCCGUUGUAUUGAUAUGGAGAAGAUGGUGAUGAAAGCGGGUCCUAAUAAGCAUCUUGUACUACUUCUGAACAAAAUUGAUCUUGUCCCUCGAGAGGCUGUUGAAAAGUGGCUUAAUUAUCUAAGAGAAGAAUUGCCUGCUGUUGCCUUCAAGUGUAGCACACAAGAACAAAGGUCCAACUUAGGUUGGAAAUCUACAAAGACAUCCAAAACGAAAACGAGCAACGUAUUGAAGAGAAGUGAUUGCCUUGGAGCUGAAACUCUAAUUAAACUGUUGAAGAAUUACUCAAGAAGUUAUGAGAUUAAAAAAUCAAUUACCGUGGGUGUUAUUGGCUUGCCUAACGUUGGCAAAAGUAGUCUUAUCAACAGUCUGAAGAGAUCCCAUGUUGUCAACGUUGGUGCUACCCCAGGAUUAACAAGAUCGAUGCAGGAGGUCCAUUUAGACAAGAACGUCAAAUUGUUGGAUUGCCCUGGUGUUGUGAUGCUAAGAUCUAAAGAAAAUGAGCCAUCUAUAGCUUUGCGGAAUUGCAAGAGAAUUGAGAAGUUGGAAGAUCCCGUUGCUCCUGUCAAGGAGAUCUUGAAGCUUUGCCCUUCUAAAACCUUGGUAACUCUAUAUAAGCUUUCAAGCUUCGAUACGGUCGAUGAUUUUCUACAGAAGGUAGCUGUUAUUCGGGGCAAACUUAAGAAGGGGGGAAUUGUGGAUAUUGGAGCUGCUGCUAGAAUUGUUCUACAUGACUGGAACGAAGGUAAAAUUCCAUAUUAUACGAUGCCCCCAAUUAGGAGUCAGGUAGAACCUUUGGAGUCAAGGAUCGUCACAGAGCUCGGGAAAGAGUUCAACAUUGACGAAGUUUAUGGAGGUGAAUGUUCAUUCAUUGGAAGCCUCAAAUCCGUCAAUGAUUUCAAUCCCGUUGAAGUACCCCCAAGUUGUCCACUGAAUUUUGAUGAGAACAUGCAAGAGCCAAAUAAUGGGAACGCUGAGCCAACUAUGCAAGACGACGAAGUGAUUGAUAAUAAUAAUAGUGAGGACGAGUCAUUGGAGCAGAACGAAGAUGAUGACAAAAAUGACAAGAGCAAAGGGAAGGGACAAGAUGCAACUAGCAGGCAAAACGAGAAGCUGUAUUCAGCAGAAGGUAUUUUGAAUACAAAAAUGAGGAAAGCAGCGAAGAAAAUGAGAAAGAAAGCAAACAAUAAUAGUAAAUCAUCUGUGUCUACGGAUGCUAUGGAAGAUGAUGACUACGAUUUUAAAGUGGAUUUCAAAAAGAAGUGAUUGAUAUCUUAAUUGAAAAACCUCAAUCACAAUGAGCUCAGCUGUAAAUUCAAAGUUUUGUAUUAUGAUUUUUAUUUAGAAUUCAGUUCUUUUUCAUAGAAUUUGUCCUAAUGUAAGGAAAUUUUUGUUAGUGAUAUGUUAUGUCCUUAUUUGAUUAUUUCACCUGUAAGAGAAAUAGAAGCAACUUAUUUGUACCGAAUUGAUUAAAUUUCAGAAUCUCAUUUUUGGCUUUGGAUGAUCCUUUUCUUUCA